AUGACUCACACAAGAAUUCAACCUACUUCUGUUACGUGUAAUACUCUUAUACAUGGGCUUUGUAGAAUUGGUCAACUGGGUCGUGCUCUUCAGCUUAAAAACGACAUGGUGAAAUGGAACUGCAGACCUGACGUUGUUUCAUAUUCUGCCAUUAUAGAUACUCUUUGUAAAGGAGGUCUAGUGGAUCAAGCUUUGGUUCUCUUCUCCGAAAUGCACAGAGAUUCAAAUGCUGUACCCAUCAAUAUAUUAAUAGAUGCACAUUGUAAAGAUGAGGGAAAGAGAGUCUUUGAAGGGAUGGUUAGUAGAGGAAUCUCUGCUGAUAUAACGACUUAUACUACUUUGAUUCAUGGUCAUUGCCUACAUGGUCAAUGGGAAGAAGCAAGAAGAUACUUUGAUGAAAUGAUGGAUCGAGGGAUUUUACUCAACAUAGUCACCUUCAGUAUAUUAAUAGAUGCACACUGUAAAGAUGGGAUGACGCGAAGAUGCUUGGGGAUUAUUUAA